UGUUGGAAGCUUAGGAAGCAAACUCCAAACGCAUGGCUCAAAAUGGCGGCACCGCUAGCUACAUCCAUACCCACAUAACCCAUUUUAUCUAAAAUCAAACACAAAGAAAAAGAGAGAGAGUUUUUUUUUUGUUAAAGAACUAGCAGUGAAAUUUAAGAAUCGGUUGUUUUUUCAUUGUUGAUGGGAAAGUUGUUGUCCUUUUGAGGAAAUAAAUGGGAACAAGAAGUGAGUUUGUGGGUAGAAAGAAAGGAGUAGUGAGAGAGUGUGGGUCGGGUUUGAGGAUGCAAGAAAAGCAAAGUGAUGGAAGUAAGAGAUUGAUGGUGUUUGAUGAUGAUAAGUUAUUAUCUUCUUCUUCUGCUGCUUCUUGUUGUGAGAGCUCUAUUACUAGUGGUGGUUUUGUGGGUGGUGGUGGUAGUGGUAGUGGUAGGCCCUUGUUUUGUAACACAAGCAACCAAGUUGCUUGUAUGAGCGAUAUAUACGAUGUUGUCGGUGUUGCUUCUGCUUCUGGAUCUGCUACUAAUACUGCAACUGCACUAUUCCUGCCCAAAUCUCUAAACUCGUCUAACUUUGACUCUUCAUUUUCUUUCAAUUCCUCAGUGGGAGAAAUGGCAGCUUCUGUGAAUGUGAGACUACCUUUUACUGCUGCUCAGUUGCAAGAACUUGAGAGGCAGACCACGAUAUUCAAGUACAUGAUGGCUUCAAUACCUGUCCCUAAUGAACUUCUCUUCGCCAUUACCAAAACCCCAUCAAUUCUUCCUCCUCCACACUCCAAUAUGGUACGAGCUUCAAUGGAGUUGGGGGUUAUGAGCCAUAAUAGCUCGGAUCCGGAGCCAUGGAGGUGCAGAAGAACAGAUGGGAAGAAAUGGAGGUGCUCUAGGGACGUGAUUCCUGAUCAAAAGUACUGUGAACGCCAUUCUCACAAGAGCCGUCCCCGUUCAAGAAAGCCUGUGGAAUUACCAGCUCACCAAAUCAACAAGAACGAUAAUAUUGUCACACAGUCUUUGAACCUUGCAUCAAACACCAUCAACAGGCCUUAUCAAACGUCUCAUCUUCUUAACCAGACCAUGGGCUUAUCUGCAUUAUCCAGUGAUCAACAACCCAGGUGCUUGGAGUGGUUCAUGAAAGGUGAGACCAUUCCUGUUGCUAAUAAUUCCAACCAGGAAUGGCCGCAAAUGUUGCAGUCCAAGUUAGAAUCUAAGAGAGACAGCACCAUGGGUUACGCAGAGCACCUGUUCAACUCAAAUUCAUACAUCAAUUUUGGUGGUAACAGUAGUGUGCUGCAAGCUCAGGGGCUACAUGACCAGUACAACCAAUUUUUUAGCCCCAAAUUGGUCUCCCAUCAGACCCCAACACAACAGAUCACUAGACACUUCAUUGAUGCUUGGUCUAUAGGAGAUGGAAAUAUGAGUAAUACGGACGGAAUCAGCAAUAGGAGUCUUGUUUCUUGUAAUGAAAAGCUACCGCAGUCUUCCCUUACAUUAUCAAUGUCUGGUGGAAGUGAAAUUAUUGAAAGAAAUGAAAACGUUGCAAUGAGUACUCUUGGUACCUCAGGCUCAGAAACAGAAAAUGUUGGGACUUCUAGACCCCACUGGAUGAACCAUAUUUCAGGGAUGGGUUCAACACCUGGUGGACCAUUGGCUGAAGCAUUGUGCCUUGGCAUUGCGAGUAGUGCAAAAUCAGAUUCGAAUGAGGCAUCCCCUCAUGAUUGCAGCACUAGCACCACUACCACCAGCAGCAAAAGCUCAUGUGGAGAUGGUGGCCGCCCAGGGACCCAGUUUUAAUAAGGCAAUAUGGGUGGUCUCUUGUCAACCUUUACUUUAAGCUCAUUGUGUAUGUAUUAGUGAACUGGUUAAUUUUGACUGAAUGAGUUGAAUUUGAUUAGCUAAACCAGAGCUGACUACAAUUCCAUAAAAAAAAAUUCGUGAACUUUGUUAUUUUGGCAGUUGGUUGGUCAGUCUACUGCAUAAAGAAGUGUUUCUAAUUAAUUGCAAAUUUUUCC